AUGAAGGUCAAGAUCAAGAAGUGGCACGCCGUCGCCACAUGGCGAUGGGACAUGCCCGAGGAUGAAGUCUGUGGCAUCUGUCGUGUCCAAUUCGACGGGACUUGCCCUACGUGCAAAUUUCCUGGCGAUGACUGUACCUUGCUCAUGGGAAAGUGUGGUCACUCAUUCCAUAUGCAUUGUCUUUUGACCUGGAUUCAGCAGGAGUCCUCGAAGGGGCUGUGUCCGAUGUGCCGCCAAAGUAAGCCGCACCAGCCACAUACAACGGCGUCGUCGCUGACA